GGCGGAAGCGGGGAGGAGCCGCCGUUGCAGCUGGACUACAUCCGCCGCGGCGUCUCCAUGGCACGACCCUGGCCUCCAACUUCAACGACUUCUUAAGGAGGCGUUUCUGGGCGCAGCCGUGUCGCUCCUGGACAGUUGCUGUGCGACUUGGACAGUAGAGAGGAGCGCCUCCCAAGUGUUCAUCCAACUGCCACCCCCAAAGCUUCCACCCUCCUCCCCUCAGAGAGGACGUUUGAUGCCCGGCCCCUGAGAUUCUCAUUGACAAGCCCCUCUGAGUCCCCUUGAGCAGAGCCUGCUGACCCCAUUGCCCACCUUUGCGGCUUUGAUGCCUAGUCAUGUCUGCCUCGUCCUCAGGCGGCUCCCCCAGGUUUCCAUCGUGUGGGAAGAACGGAGUAACAAGUCUCACGCAGAAAAAGGUCUUGAGGACAGCUUGUGGCGCACCCAGUGUGACCGUGACGAAGCGAACUAUGAAGGACCGCUCUUCAACUCCCCCCUUACAUGUUCAUGUGGAUGAGAACACCCCUGUCCACGUCCACAUAAAAAAACUCCCGAAACCAGCAGCGACCAGCAGCCAGAAAUCUCAUAAGCGCGGAAUGAAAGGGGACACCGUGAAUGUGCGGCGGAGUGUCCGAGUGAAAACCAAGGUACCUUGGAUGCCCCCCGGAAAAUCAUCUGCCCGGCAUGUGGGAUGCAAGUGGGAGAACCCACCUCACUGCCUGGAGAUUACGCCGCCGUCCUCAGAGAAGCUGGUCUCAGUAAUGCGAUUAAGCGACCUCUCUACAGAGGAUGACGACUCGGGUCACUGUAAAAUGAACCAUUAUGAUAAGAAGAUUGACAGUCUAAUGAACGCAGUCGGUUGUCUCAAAUCUGAGGUCAAGAUGCAGAAGGGUGAGCGUCAGAUGGCUAAGAGGUUCCUGGAGGAGCGGAAGGAGGAGCUGGAGGAGGUGGCCCACGAGCUGGCUGAGACCGAGCAUGAGAACACAGUGCUGAGGCACAACAUCGAGCGCAUCAAGGAGGAGAAGGACUUCACCAUGCUUCAGAAGAAACACCUCCAGCAGGAGAAGGAGUGCCUCAUGUCCAAGCUGGUGGAGGCGGAAAUGGAUGGGGCUGCCGCAGCCAAGCAAGUCAUGGCCCUGAAGGAUACCAUCGGGAAGCUGAAGACGGAAAAACAAAUGACCUGUACGGACAUCAACACCCUUACGAGGCAGAAGGAACUUCUCCUGCAGAAGCUGAGCACAUUUGAGGAAACCAACCGUACCCUCCGAGACCUACUGAAGGAUCAGCACGGCAAAGAGGAUUCCGGAAGGCUGAUGGAGCAACAAGGAACACUUCUGAAACGGCUGGCAGAGGCAGACUCUGAGAAAGCGCGGCUGCUGUUAUUGCUGCAAGACAAGGACAAGGAGGUGGAAGAGCUCCUCCAGGAAAUACAAUGUGAGAAGGCUCAAGCAAAGACAGCAUCCGAACUCUCCAAGUCCAUGGAGUCCAUGCGUGGGCAUUUGCAGGCACAGCUUCGGAGCAAAGAGGCAGAGAACAGUCGCCUGUGUAUGCAGAUCAAGAACCUGGAACGCAGUGGGAACCAGCACAAGGCGGAAGUGGAGGCCAUCAUGGAGCAGUUGAAGGAAUUGAAGCAAAAGGGAGAUCGAGACAAAGAGUCUUUAAAGAAGGCCAUCCGAGCCCAGAAGGAACGAGCUGAGAAGAGCGAGGAGUAUGCCGAGCAGCUGCACGUGCAACUUGCUGACAAGGAUCUUUAUGUUGCUGAAGCUUUAUCCACUCUGGAGUCAUGGAGGACCCGCUACAACCAAGUUGUGAAAGACAAGGGGGACCUUGAGCUGGAAAUUAUUGUCCUGAAUGACCGAGUGACAGAUCUCGUGAACCAACAGCAAACCUUGGAGGAGAAGAUGCGGGAAGACCGGGACAGCCUGGUGGAGAGACUACACCGGCAGACUGCCGAGUAUUCUGCAUUUAAACUAGAGAAUGAGAGGCUGAAGGCUAGCUUCGCUCCAAUGGAGGACAAACUCAAUCAGGCACACCUCGAGGUCCAGCAGCUGAAGGCAUCGGCUAAGAAUUAUGAGGGGAUGAUUGACAACUAUAAGAGUCAGGUGUUGAAGACCAGAUUAGAGGCCGAUGAAGUCGCUGCCCAGCUGGAACGCUGCGACAAAGAGAACAAGAUCCUUAAAGAUGAGAUGAACAAAGAGAUUGAAGCGGCACGUAGGCAAUUCCAGUCCCAGCUGGCUGACCUGCAGCAGCUGCCUGACAUCCUCAAGAUCACCGAGUCUAAGCUUGCAGAGUGCCAAGACCAGCUGCAGGGCUACGAGAGGAAGAACAUCGACCUCUCAGCCAUCAUAUCAGAUCUGCGCAGCCGGAUCGAGCAUCAGGGGGACAAGCUGGAGAUGGCGAGAGAGAAACACCAGGCUUCCCAGAAGGAAAAUAAACAGCUGAGUCUGAAGGUGGAUGAACUGGAGAGGAAACUGGAGGCGACCAGUGCCCAGAAUAUCGAGUUCCUACAGGUGAUUGCCAAGAGGGAGGAGGCAAUCCACCAGUCCCAGCUGCGGCUGGAGGAGAAAACACGGGAAUGUGGGUCCCUGGCAAGGCAGCUGGAGAGUGCCAUUGAAGAUGCUAGGAGGCAGGUGGAGCAGACCAAGGAGCACGCGGUCUCCAAGGAACGAGCAGCCCAGAACAAAAUCCUGGAUCUUGAGACCCAGCUGAGCAGGACCAAAACGGAACUCACCCAGCUGCGGCGGAGCCGUGACGAUGCUGACCGCCGCUACCAGAGCCGGCUGCAAGACCUGAAAGAUCGCCUGGAGCAGUCGGAGAGCACCAACCGCAGCAUGCAGAACUACGUCCAGUUCCUCAAGUCCUCCUACGCCAACGUGUUUGGGGAUAGCCCUUACACGACCUACCUGACCAGCUCUCCCAUCCGCUCCAGGUCUCCUCCUGUCUGAGGCCCGCCUGUCUUGGGCCAGGAGCCCAGACUGAUGCCAUGGGAACUGACAAGUUGCCAAGCCAUACCUGGAAAGCCUGUUGCUUUUCCUCUCUUCCGGUGACGAAGUGUGUGUUUAGGAUCUUGUGCUUAGCUACUGGCUCCAUGACAUCCCUGGAGCAGCAGGGCAUGAAGCAGCAGGAGCCACUCAGUUCUCUCCUCUCUGCUGGAGUUGCCUGAAGGAAGUUUUUAAGUACCUUGCCAGGCCUUACAUCUACUACUAUGAGGGAACCAGGUUUUAACUCACUGUGACCUAGCUCAUUCCUUUCUGAGAGAAUGUGCGGACUGGACUUUUUCCUCCAGUCCCCUACAGCCCUCUUUCUAGAAAUGUAUUUAAUUCUUGGACCUGAGCCAGCAGAGGUCCUCACCACCCCUCCUGGGUUAUGAGCACAUUUACUUCCGCUUUUCCUUAUGUCCUGGGUGCGGUGUUGUCCCACGCCCGAUGGAAACCUCUCGUAUCCGAGUUUCCUUAAGGCCACUUGCCCCACACACUUCACAACAGACACUCAAGGGCUCGUGUCCAGUUGGCCUUUUAAAAGUGUGACCCCAAGAUAAUUAAUUUUUGUUUCUCUUUGCCAGGUUUGUAUCUAUGGAAUGCAUUUAUCCUUGAAAUAUUUGUGUUGCUUUACAAAAAGCUUUUAUAAUCAAUAUUUAAGACUCCGUGGAUGAUUUCCUUUACCCACCCCCAUCCCUCUUCUAAAAAUGAUUACGUAUAAUGCUUAAUGGGAGCCAGUAACUAUUUUUAAAGUACUUGGUGCAUGGAACAUUAGAUCUUUCAUUUCAUUGUGGCCCAGCUAGAUUCUCCUGUGGGCGCUUUUUGUGAGAUGACUGGAGGCAUUGUUCAUUGUUGGGGUGCAGACCACGUUAGCUGUUAGGAGAAAGAAAAUGAGAUGUGUAUAUAUAUAUGACUGUUUCUAAAAUGUUAAUUGGUUUCUGAA